CAAGGCAAUGGCAAUGUUAUUUCUCAAGCUAGACCUUUUCCUCCCCUUCCAGUUUUCUGCUUUUCUCCACUCCUCCAUGUGUAGUAGCCUGCAGGCAGCUGCUAGCUCCACCAUUUGAGUGGCUAGAUGAACCCGAAGUUGCUGUUCUUCCCGCUCUUGGCUACGUUGCUCCUCCUGUGCCACCACGCACACGCCGUCUGCGAGCCGGCAACAUGCGGCGACCUCACCAUCAAGUACCCAUUCUGGCUAAGCGGUCCCGACCUCAACCGGUCGUCGUUGGCCAUUGCCGCCUGUGGCCACCCGUCCUUCGAGUUGUGGUGUAGCCGCGAUGGCGUGGCGUCGUUGAGGGGCUCGCAAAUCCUCGUCCUCGGCAUCGACUACACCAACAGUUCAUUCGUUGCUGGACACAAAAGGGUCGCCGACGGCGGCGACGGCGUGUGCCGCACCGACUUCAACAUAUCGUCCAGUCUAGCUCUCAGCCCGUUCACGAUUAGCAGCAGCAACCGGGCCAUCUGCUUCCUCUACAGCUGCAACGGCACGGAGCCACCGGAGAUCGACGGCCUUGUGAACGCCACCAUCUCCAACUGCAGUAAGCCUAUCUACGCGUACCUCGGCGGGAGCUACGACCGUGACAAGCCACCGGCGAUCAAAGCCGGGAACUGCACGUACUCGUACCUGCCGGUGCUGUGGCCGGAGUCGCCGGUGAACUUGACGGCGGGGACCAACUACAGCCCGCUCUUCAAGAAGGGGUUCGUGUUGGAGUGGCAGAAGAAUGGGUUCGGCGACUGCGACGCCUGUAACGCGAGCGGCGGGCAGUGCCGGUACAACAACGAUUCCGCGGCGGCGUUCGCGUGCCUCUGCUCCGACGGAGAGCUGCGAGGGACGAUAUGCGCCGGCAGCAAGAAAACUGGCAGGAGAACCAUAUUAAUAGUUUUGACAGCAGCAGCUGCAGGCUUGCUCUUGCCAUGUAUAUAUGUGCUAAUAUGGCAUGGGAAGGGGAAACAACUACGGUAUUUCCUUUACACAAAGACUAGCAGCACCAGUGAAAGGAACAUUGAGGCCCUCAUAAUAUCUUAUGGAUCAAUAGCUCCAACAAGAUACAAGUAUUCAGAAGUAACAAAGAUAACAUCAUUUCUUAAUUAUAAGCUUGGAGAAGGAGGUUAUGGUGUUGUAUUCAAAGGAAGGUUACAAGAUGGUCGUCUGGUUGCGGUGAAAUUCUUACAUGACUCAAAAGGAAAUGGAGAGGAAUUUGUGAAUGAGGUUAUGAGCAUUGGCAGGACCUCUCAUAUUAAUAUUGUUAGCUUAUUUGGGUUUUGUUUGGAGGGGUCAAAACGAGCUCUUCUUUACGAGUACAUGCCCAAUGGUUCACUAGACGAUUAUAUCUAUUCAGAAAAUCCCAAAGAAAUUCUAGGGUGGGAAAAACUUUACGGAAUCGCAAUCGGGAUUGCUCGUGGGCUAGAAUACUUGCACCAUAGUUGUAACACACGAAUCAUCCAUUUCGAUAUAAAGCCUCAGAAUAUCCUUCUAGACCAGGAUUUUUGCCCAAAGAUUGCUGAUUUUGGUUUAGCCAAACUGUGCCGCACCAAGGAGAGCAAGCUUUCAAUGACAGGUGCUAGAGGAACAAUUGGAUUUAUCGCUCCUGAAGUGAUCUAUCGAUCCUUUGGAAUUGUUUCAACAAAGUCAGAUGUUUAUAGUUACGGAAUGAUGUUGCUAGAGAUGGUCGGAGGCCGGAAGAAUGCUAAGUCAAUGGUUGAAAAUUCAAGUGAAAAGUAUUUUCCAGAUUGGAUUUAUGACCACUUUGCUCUGGAUGAUGGAUUACAAGCUUGUGAAGUCACAAGUGAGGUUGAGCAAAUAGCCAAAAAGAUGACUUUAAUUGGUUUGUGGUGUGUACAAGUAUUGCCUAUGCAUCGGCCGACAAUAACCCAGGUUUUAGAUAUGUUCGAGAGAAGUUUGGAUGAACUGGAAAUGCCACCAAAACAAAAUUUCAGUGAAUUACUAGAACAUCCAGCUCAGGAGAUUAACACAGAAAGUACGAGUUCUACUAUAAAUACCAAAGCUGCACAAGCUCUAAGUGAAGUGCUAAGGGUUGAGGAGACAAGCCUCGUUAAUUCAAAGGAUCCUACAGUGACUACCAACUAUGCAAAAAGAUGAUCUGCAGUCAAAUUUUGGCAUAGUAUCAUCACACAUUCAUGGGUCAUGGCAUUGACUAGUGUGUUUAAGGUAGCUGAAUCGAAGAUAUUUCUGAAUUCUGUCCAUCCCCCUAACUUGUUUCAUAAUUUAAUUCAACAAUUUGAUCUA